AUGAAUACAGAGAAGCUCCAUAGCGGAAGUCUUGAGAAUACGCUGCAUCAUGCAAUGCGUCCAUUUUUUUUGCUUUCACGGUUAUUCGGUGUUAUGCCUGCUUCCGGUCUCUGGUCCUCCAAUGAUGUUGCGCACGUACACUUUUCUUGGUGUUCCGUUGUUGUCUUCAUAUCGUUUGUAUUGAUGGGUUUUGCAUUUAUUGAUUUUGUGUUAUCAGCAAAAUUGGUUGUCGGUAGCGGGUUUCGAAUAUAUACUGUAGGUCCUCUGAGCUUUAGCGUUAUUUGCUUAUGUGGCUACGUUUGCUUCUUUCUACUCGCACGAAAUUGGCCAAAUUUGAUAAAGCAAACACGUCGCUGUGAAGUGAUUUUUCUGCGGAAAUGUUAUGAAAGUCUCGCAUCGAAGCGAUUUUCUUACAACAUCAGAGCAUAUGGUGCUAUCUUAUUUUGUGGCGCUGUGGUUGAACAUAUGCUAUACAUAAGCAAUGCUGCGUACACGAAUUAUUUGCAAAUUCAGGAAUGCAAUUUUACAGUCAAUUUUUUAGAAAAUUAUUUCAUACGGGAGAGUUCACAAAUAUUCUUAUUGAUAGCAUAUAAGCCGUGGCUAAUACCAUUAAUAGAGUGGAUAACGUUUGCAAUGACAUUUACAUGGAAUUUCAUAGACAUUUUUCUCACCCUGGUAUGUGGAAGCCUUGCGAUGCGCUUUAAUCAAUUUCAUUGGAGAAUUGAACGUCACAUAAACGAGCCCAUGCCACGUGGGUUUUGGCAAGAAAUGAGACGGGACUUUUUGAGUUUAACCGAUGUGCUCUGGCUAUACGAUGAAAAAUUGUCGAAUUUAGUGCUUUUAGCCUGUGCACACAAUUUAUACUUCAUAUGUGUGCAAAUAUUUCAUAGUUUUCAUGACAAAGGUAACUUUAUGACCGAAAUUUAUUUUUGGCUUUCAAUAGUUUAUGUGCUCAUUCGUAUCCUGGCAAUGAUGUUUGCCGCUGCUUCUAUACCUGAUGCGGCUGACAAAAUUACAGUGGCCCUAUAUGAGAUACCCACAGCCUAUUGGUGUUCGGAGCUUACCCGAUUGAAUGAAGUUGUAGUCUCUGAUUUAAUUGCCAUAAGUGGAAAAGGAUUAUUUUUUCUAACACGACGACUUAUUUUUGCCAUGGCUGGUACAAUAAUUAUAUAUGAAUUGGUUUUAAUUAAUCAAGUACGGGAUUAUCAAAUGAAUAUCGAUUUUUGUGCUUUUAAUAGAAAAUUAUUUUAUUAA